AUGGCGGGACGCGUCCCCAUUGGCUCGGGGGCUAACCAGAACCGAGUCUUCAUUGACUUAACUGAUGAGACUGAACUGGGCGAUUCUGAGGUGUCAAAGAAUUUGGUGCAAGCCAAACUUCCGUUUAUGACAGCGUUGGCUUAUCGAUCACCAACUGUCCCACUGAAGAGGAAAAGCCUAGAUAUCUUCGAUGAUGUCUCGGAUUCUUCGUCAAGCGAUGUGCGCAGGUCUGCACAGCGUGCACGCCUGUCACACGCUCACCCUGAUCCGUACACGCCGAGUCCCCCGCCAAGCAUCAGGCCUUCUCAGAUUAGUGUUGUUAUUCCAUCACCGACAUCUCAACAAAAGCGGGAUAUUGCGCUCGCGCAGAAUGUCACUAAUGUGAAUGGAAUGGACAUUAGUAUCUUUCCUACAACUAACGAAGAGGAAAGAGUUACUAAAGCUGCAUACCCUACAACCAAGGGUCGUGUUGACCGUCGUUCGAUCCCAUUAUCACUUAAAUCAAGCUCAACUUCCAACGUUCUCAAGCUUCCAUCACCCAAACAAACGAACCACCUUUCAAAGCUCCGUCACACUCUUGACGAGAAGCUGAAACGCAUCAAUGGGCCUACAGUGAUUCCGACAGUUGAUUCUCCAAAGCGUCUUGCCAAACUGGCUGAUAACUUUGAGUUUGUCAACGGUUACCAGCACCGUGCGGGUGUUGAACGAAUUCCAGAUGACUCUGAUUUUAACAUCGGAUGUGCUUGCACUGAUACUGGUGGCUGUGAUCGAUUCGAAUGUGAUUGCCUCAGCAAGGAAGAAGAUUCCGAGGAUCGGAUCGUCCCCUAUCAGAUCUGCGAUAGCAAUCCCAAAUUGAUUGUUGCGACCAAAAGUUUCCUCAAUCGCAAGGCGAUCAUCUAUGAAUGCAACCCCCGUUGUGGCUGCGGCGGAAAACGAUGCUGGAAUCACGUCGUUCAGAAAGGAAGGACUGUCAGACUCGAAAUCUUCGACACUGGAUCUCGGGGCUUUGGUCUUCGAUCGCCCGACUUGAUCCACCGCGGGCAAUUCAUCGACCUUUACCUCGGUGAGGUAAUUACAAAAGCUGAAGCCGACGAGCGCGAGAACCUCACCGAUGGUUCCCACACGCAGUCGUACCUUUUCUCUUUGGAUUGGUAUGUGAAGGAUGACGACGACGAAGAAGAAAAUAUGAAAGUCAUCGACGGCCGCAAGUUCGGGUCUGCAACUCGAUUUAUGAACCACUCUUGCAACCCCAACUGCAAGAUCGUCCCUGUUUGCACCACGAAUCAUGCUGACGAAUAUCUCUACAACCUCGCCUUUUUCGCGUAUCGCGACAUUUCCCCUGGCACCGAAUUGACCUUCGAUUAUAAUCAGGGUGAGGAGAACACAACGCCUCAAAAGAUUGACCCCGAGGCUGUCCAGUGCCUGUGUGGUGAAGUCAAGUGCCGUGGUCAGUUAUGGCCAAACAAGAGAAAAGGCCAGGGAUCCAAGCCUUGA